UCUGGAUUAUAUCCUGGGGUCAUCUUCGCCGAUGGACCAUCGAUCCAAAGAUCUUCCGAAUUUUUAUCGUGUUUUCGAUGGGAGAAAAAAGCGACGAAUAACGAACGGAUCAUCGAGAAAUCGUGGAAAUCGGGACGAUUUACUACUCGCACGAAUUGAAGAAUCCUUCCAAGUUCAGAGGGCAGCGCCCUUGCUGUGCGUUAACUCUCCCCUGCUGCGUACGAGACGUGCGAUGGUACGCACUGGUUGACGAAUGGAUAUUCGGCGUGUCCGCAGAGCACGAUCGUUCUCUACCCUUCACAUACUUGAUCCGGAAAAUGCGAUAAUCUGCGGCACUUUUUUAUUCUCAACAGGAGAAAGCUGGUGCAUCUGGAUUAUAUCUUCUGGAACCUGGAGUCAUCUUCACGACGAUGGACCAUCGAUUUAGAAGUCUCCGAAUCUUUAUUGUGUUCUUGGAGAAAGCUGGUGCAUCUGGAUUAUAUCCCCUGGAACCUGGAGUCAUCUUCACGACGAUGGACCAUCGAUUCAGAAGUCUACGAAUCUUUAUUGUGUUCUUGGAGAAAGCUGGUGCACCUGGAUUAUAUUCCGUGGAACCUGGAGUCAUCUUUAUGGCGAUGGAUCAUCAAUUCAGAAAUCUCCGAAUCUUUGGGGUGUUCUCGGUAUUACUAAUAAGCUGUGCAAGUCUGACCGCGAGUGCCGAAUCAUGUGCUUCGUUUGAUUAAUUUUCGUAUCGUUCUUAUGUAUAAUGUAACGGGAAAUACGCGUGCAAUUCACGCGUCGCGUCGGGAGUGCCGUAUAGUCUCGUGCGUCGGGAGUGCCGUAUAAAAAAUGUCAGGCAAUCAUAAUUAUUCCUGUUUCCGCGAGGAUCGUGAGUGCUACGAAAGACCAAAGAGAGGAGGAGGAGGCCUUGGGAGGCAUCGGGCAACAGC